AAAUGCGACCUCCUGUCCCUUUAAGCGAGGCGUCCCGGGCAAGGCCUCGCGUCGCCAUGGCAACGCGGCCUGCUGCUGGUUCCUAAGCGAGGCCUGGAGGAGGAAGGGGAGCAGAGGCGGCCUCGUCGUAGCAGCAGCGGGUGAGGGGAAGGCGGCGUGGGGAGGGGAGACCCCCGAUCCCCCCCUCCCAAUACUGAAUCUAGCCCCGGCAGGGCCAGGUUUGGGGUGGGCUGAGAGGGAGAGGAAUCUUGGGGAUGCCGUUCUGGUCCCCGUUGCCAUGGAAACGGGAUGAGGGCCUAGCGAGGAUGGCGAUGGCAGGGAUGCUUCUGCCUCUCUUUGUGUCUCCUCUCCACCCCACCAGGGCCGGAUUGAGGUUGGAUGAGGCCCUCAGCUGCUGAAGGUAAUGGGGCCCUUUCGAUGUCCACCUGUCCUUUGUCAACAGCAAAUUGUUGCUGGUUUUUGUGUGUUGAAUAUAUGCUAUAUGGUAAUUUAUGGACCUAAUAAGUAUCUAAAGCAUAGCUGUCAACGUUUCCCUUUUUUUUAAGGGAAAUUCCCUUAUUCCAAAUAGGAUUCCUCGCAAGAAAAGGGAAAAGUUGACAGCUAAGAUCUAAAGCCAUUUGCACAUAACAAAUAGGCGCCUACACAACACAAAACACUGUUGCUGUAUGUAGGUUUUAUUUUAUUUGCUUUUUAUCUUAUAUUUUGGAAAUGUACAUCCAGGGUUUGUUUUCCUUUACAUUUUUUGAGGGCCCCCAAGAGAGUGGGGCCCUGAGCUAUAGCUUGUUUAGCUUAUAUGCAAAACCAGCACUGCCCCCACCCACGGGAGGGAGAUCAAGGGAGGGGAGAGUUGGAAGGGGCCCCCGAGGGACAUCUAGCCCAACACACUGUUAUAAGGAAAAUACCUCAAAUUCCCUUAUGGGGUAUCUGGUACCCGUCUGGAGUCCCUCCGGAGAUCUCUAUCAGGCGGAGAAAAUAACAGAGGCCAACCAGAGUAUAUUGAAAACAAAACGGCUAGUAAGCCUGAUCUCCAUUAAAGGAAAUGAACUGCUGCAACUCACCACACGCAGGAGGGAGGAGAACCCCAAACAAUAGUGUGCAAAACCCUAUAUAGGCUUUUGAAAUUGCCCACCCUGUAGCCAGAGACCACUACCCCAAAACAGCAUACAUACAUCGCAGAAGGAGGCGGUCUACAGCCGAAAUUUGAGAGUGUUGCUUCUCUCCAGUCUGCCAGGAUAUCUGAUAAUGCCUUACUUGAUUGUAUUUUUUGGAGUACUAUGGCCAUUCCUUUGAGAUGGUGAAUACUUUAAGUUAGUUCCUGAAUUUCUUACACAUUGAUAGUUUGCUCAGCUUCACUUGCCAGACUGUAUUUAAAAAAGGGAGGUGUAAGCCCCUACAGUUCAAAGGCAAUGGGAAAGCUUUUCCCAUUGGCUUCCUCCUAGCAGAGAAAUAUUUGAGGUCAAUAUGGGAGAGUCAAAAUGGCUUCAGGAUUGUUCUUCUGUACUAUUUCAGACACUGUGGUUUAUAUAUUUAUGUAUGUGUUUGCCUUGUACAUUGGAGACCUUAGAAUUCUUGUAACAACCCUGACAUGUAUAUAUAUGCUGGAAGCCACCCAGAGUGGCUGUGGCAGCCCAGUCAGAUGGGUAGGGUAUAAUAAUAAUAUUAAUAUUAAUAAUAAUAAUUGAAUCCUUAAUCAGGGUUGCAACAAUGAUUCAAAGCAGAGAUGGGGGCUAACCAUUUGCAAAGUGGGGGGAGGGACUCCUCCUGCCUCUGUAACCCCCCCUCCAUGUGCACAUGUAAGCAGGUGUAUAUUUGGCACUGUAUAUGUACCCAUGCACAUGCCUAAAUGUGGGGGUGAUAGCAGGCCCCCAAUGGCUAGAGGCAUGAAGACGUUAGCAGCACCCAGUGCUCUUUGCAAAAUACUGUAUAUAUUGAUGUGUACUAGGUGUGUGUUGGGAGAGGGGUGGGCCUCUACAGCCCAUGUGCUUUUACUCAGAAGUAAGCCUUGCCAUGCUCACGGGGGAGAUGUUUCUCCCAAGUAGACAUGGAUAGGAUAGCAGGCUUUGCAAUUCAGCUAUGUGCAGCAAUGGAUUGGUGUGCAAGUGAGAUGGUUAUUGCUGCUGUUAUUAGCACUAUAAUUGUGUUGAAGUACAGUUAUUUGCAAAAAGAAAAAAAAAAGUUGAGAAAAGCUAUAGUUGGCCCAGAAGAAAAUGGCUUGUUUUCUUUUUUCCCCCUGCUUCUGUGGAAGAAGCAUCAUGCAACACUAAACCCAUGUGCCUGCCUGGAAUGUAUUGAAUGCAGGGGAUUCUGUGCAUUGAGCUGUUGUGCUCCAGGUUUCCACAGCUGCCUUCUUUGUAGCACUGGAGGGAAGUCUUAUUUGGUGGUAGCUGAUUCUACGGCUGCUGGGAUUAUUGCAUCCAGAUGAAGCCAAUGUUUUUGGCAGUGUGCGCACACCAGCCCACAUCUUGGUGUCUGCUUUGAAGCCAAUUUCCACACAUCAGCUGGCAUGUUCUGAAGACGCCUUCAGUGCGGCCCUGCGUAUGGUCUGCAGAGCUGCAUAUAAUAACGAAUCACAGUGUCUUGUGGUGUAUGGAAAACUGUGUGUGAUCCAUGGUUGCAUAUCAAGUAUUUUGUCACUUGGCAGUCUAUAGUAGCCAAAAUGGGUUGGGUCUGGUUGCUGCGGCAUGUACUGUACUGUGUGCUAAACUGAUUGCUUCAACCUAUGGAAUCAAAAAACUGUGGGGUUGGAAGGGACCCCAAGGGUCAUCCAGUCCAACCCCUGGUGAUGCAGGCAUCACAACCAAAGAAUCCCAUCUAACUUCUGUUUAAAAACCUCUGGUGGAGAAGAAUUCACCAUUAAAAAAAUAAUAAUUAUUGCUGCCACCAAGAUAACAUUUUAUACAAACACCACUUUCUGAGUCCAUUCCGCUGUCGAACGGCUCUUAUUGUCAGAAAGUUAUUCCUAAUGUUGAGUCAGAAUCUCCUUUCUUGUCAUCUGAAUCCAUUGGUUCGGUUCCCAUCCUCCAGAGCAGGAGAAAACAAUAUUGUUCCAUCUUACACGCAACAGCCCUUCAGAUAUUUGCCUAUUGUAUUAUAUCAUAUUUGGUCGAACAGCUCAAACAGCUCUUACUGUCAGGAAGUUCUUCCUAAUGUUUAGGUGGAAUCUUCUUUCUUGUAGUUUGGAUCCAUUGCUCCGUGUCCGCUUCUCUGGAGCAGCAGAAAACAACCUUUCUCCCUCCUCUAUGUGACAUCCUUUUAUAUAUUUGAACAUGGCUAUCAUAUAGAAAUUGAGUCAAGAAAUUAACCUCCUCUUCUCCAGGCUAAACAUGCCCAGCUCCCUUAGCCGUUCCUCAUAAGGCAUCGUUUCCAGGCCUUUGACCAUUUUGGUUGCCCUCCUCUGGACACAUUCCAGUUUGUCAGUGUCCUUCUUGAACUGUGGUGCCCAGAACUGGACACAGUACUCCAGGUGAGGUCUGACCAGAGCAGAAUACAGUGGCACUAUUACUUCCCUUGAUCUAGAUGCUAUACUCCUAUUGAUGCAGCCCAGAAUUGCAUUGGCUUUUUAGCUGCCGCGUCACACUGUUGGCUCAUGUCAAGUUUGUGGUCAACCAAGACUCCUAGAUCCUUUUCACAUGUACUGCUCUCAAGCCAGGUGUCACCCAUCUUGUAGUUGUGCCUCUCAUUUUUUCUGCCCAAGUGCAAUACUUUACAUUUCUCCCUGUUAAAAUUCAUCUUGUUUGUUUUGGCCCAGUUCUCUAAUCUGUCAAGGUCGUUUUGAAGUGUGAUCCUGUCCUCUGGGGUGUUAGCCACCCCUCCCAGUUUGGUGUCAUCUGCAAAUUUGAUCAGGAUGCCCUUGAGUCCAUCAUCCAAGUCGUUGAUAAAGAUGUUGAAUAAGACCGGGCCCAAGACAGAACCCUGUGGCACCCCACUAGUCACUCUUCUAUGAAUGCCCAAAACAGAAUUUGCUGCUUUGUGACUGAAUCUCACCUGAACAUAGGGACAGUCUGGAAGCCUCCUCAGUGUCAGGCAGUGUGGAGUUUAGAAUGUACCUGCAUUUAGUUAAAUUAACAAAUCCAAAUUAGCAGUGCUUACUUCCUUGCUUAUUCAUGGGAGAGGUAGCAGGGUAGAACGCUCAGUGUGUUAGUUUAUUUCUUUUGGUUUCCAUUGUCAAAAGACACAGGGUUCUAGGUCUCCUUUAAAGUGCUUUUUUGGCUAAAGAAUGGGGUACUCACGCUAUAAAUAAGUAAACAGAUAAAUAAAUAUUUGGCCCCAUCUUGAUCCGACAUCCUUUUUCCUCUCCCCUUCCAGGAGCUCCAUUGUCCACAUCGAUAACCAUUUGAAGCAGAAAACACACCCGGCACCCUCCAAGUUCUCUCUCUCUCUCUCUCUCUCUCUCUCCCCCCCCCCCCCCCGAGGCGAAGGAAGUGAUCUACCUAGUUUUCCCUCCCAACAGCAGCCAAUAACACCAGUUGUGAUAUGAUCAAGGUGCCGUGGAGCUAAGCGAGCAAAGAGCUGGAGCCAGGUUGUCGUGGGAACUGCCUCCUUGGCUGCCCUGCCCAAGAUGGAACCCCGGACGGAGAAGGGCGAGGAGACAGAGAACGUGAAGAUCACCUCCCAGCUCCUGAAGGCCAAGACGGGCGAGUUUGACCUGGAGUCUAUCCUGCUGCUGAAGCUCCGAGGCCUGGGCAUCGCAGACCUGGGCUGCCUCGGGGAGUGUGCCGGCCUGGAGUGGCUGGACCUCUCGGGCAACGCCAUCGUCCACCUGGGGCCCCUCUCCUCCCUCAAAGCCCUGGCCGUCCUCAACGUCUCCUCCAACCGCAUCUCCAGCUUGGAGCCCCUGGCCGGCUGUGAGAACUUGCAGAGCCUCAACGCAGCGGGGAACCUGCUGAGCAGCCUCCAGCAGCUGCAGUGCCUGGCCGGCCUGCGGCACCUUGAGAGCCUGCGCUUCAGCGACCCGGUGGGGCGCCUCAGCAACCCGCUCUGCGGCGGCGCCGGGUACCGCACUGCCAUGGCAGAGAUGCUGCCGGGGGUCAAGGUGAUUGACGGGGAGCGGGUCUCCGGGCGCGGCAGUGAGCUCUACCAGCUCUGCAAGGACAUUGACAGCUCUCUCAAGCGCUUCCACGGAACUGGAACCGGCGAGCUCAGCGGCCUGAGCAAGCCCUGGGUGGAGGAGGGGUACUGGGACGUCCGCCCCGCCCGGAGGAGCUCCAUCGUGGAAGAGGCCUACAAGCAGUUCAACGAGGCCCUCCAGGAGUGCCGGGACCUGAGCAAGCGCGCCGACGACACCAUUUCCCAAGCGGAGAGGGCCCUGAGCGCCCGCUCCGAUUCCAGCUCGUUCGUCUUUUGAGCCGCCCUGCUUCGACGCCCUUCCCUUGGCGUUGCCGAGCUGGGCCCUGUUCUUUCAGUAUCAUCCUUAUCACUCACUGGCCUGUGAGCCUGUGAUGCCCUUCUUUUGCCCUGGCCUCUGUCACUUCCGAAAGCAGCGGGUGCGUCCACACUCUUAACCAAACCCGUUCCCCACAGCUCCUGGGAAAGCUUGUAGGAGCUGUGAGACCCUCAGGUCCGAGCCAAAGAGCAUUGGGAGGAAGUUUUCGUCCAACGGGACUCUGAAAUCUGGAUUAUCAAGUCACAACUCAGCUUGUGUUAGGACCUUUCGGGCUACUUCUGUGUAACGUGGAGCCUAGUUUUUAAAACGGUGUAGACAUUUUAAAACAGUCUGUGUGACAUUUCACUUGGUUUUUGCAGAUUCAGGGGGAGUGUGGUCAGAUCAUAAAGAGGAGAGUUGAUUUGACUUUUGUGUGUGUCAGAGAAGAUGGGCUGGAAGUUUCCUGGAAGAGAACUUGGAGAUCCCUGGGGAACCCACUCCUUUGAAGUGGAGAUGUAGAAAGGAUGUUGAGCCAACACUUGGGAUCUGGGGCGCUGCAUGUUCCAUCCGGGGAUUGCAUGCUGGGUCUCAUGACAUGGGAAUGCCAUGCAGUUAUUUGCCUGUGAAAUAAACCCAAUGGUCUCCCUUGCUUUUCUGCUUCCUGAUUAGGUGUAGAGCUGCCUGCUUUGUGGAGUGCUUGCAUUCUCUCCCGUAGUCCACUCCCGAUUCAGACUUGCACCAGAGUGAGAUGCCCUUCGCUGGGCAACUGAGCCUCUUCAAGAAUCUGGUGCCUGCCAAGUGCCACCUGGCAAAGGCUCUCCUCCUUCCUGGCCAUUUGUCACACGCCAGCUGGAUGUUUGUUCCCUCCCUGGAAAACCAAACAUUCCCCAUCUUCACCAAGGUAACCCAAAUUCUGAACAGCGGGAGCUGCAAAUUAAGCAAAGCUCUGUCUGCUUUUGUGCGUCUUACACAUCUGCUUCUCUUGAUUAUGAAGAGGGGGGAUAAGGAGCUGUGAAGCCAAAUAAAUUCUGCCAAAUAGUAGAAAGUUUGUUCACCCCCCAGCCCUGCUCCCUGGCUUCUGAGAUCCCACCAGGCUCUGUGCAUGCAUGCAGUUCAGUUGCACACGCAGGCACCCCUUACAACGGACUUUUGUAGCUUGGAGUUCUGCGAUUGAAGCAAGUCACACUAGUUAAAUGUAAUUGCAUGUACUCCUUUAGCUCUGCUAUAGGAUUUAUUCUUUUUAUAAAUACACACACACACACACACACACACACACACACACACACACACAGGUUUAAAACCAAGAGCCGAGGCUCCCAGGAUACUGAGCAGGCCAAUGGUUUACUAGCCUUAGGAAAUUCAUACUUUGACGCUCUCUCCAUCUGUGUCUUAUUUUAUGCAGAGCAGCAGCAACACAUGAUUUUAUCCGGUACAUUUCUAUCCCCGCUUUCUUCCAAGGAGCUCCCGGGGGCAUAUGUAAUUCUCCCCAUUUAGUCCUCACAACUGUGAGGUAGGUUAGGGUGACGGUGAGCAACUGGCCCAAGCUCACUCAGUGAGCUUCAUUUCCGAGUCGGAAUUUGAACCCUGGUCUCCUAAGGUCCUAGUUUGGAACUCUUAACCAUUGCACCAAAUCCAUUAAACCAUUACACUGCACUGGCUUGGCCAG